ACAGUGCUGGUAGCGCUAGUUGUCCAGAAGUAUGAUAAACAAUCUUGAAAGGAGCAUAACAUCUUGUGCGAUUUCAUAGAAUAAAUCUUUGUGUGAAGAUAUUGACGUGUGUAUUGGGUUAUAGGGUGUCGAUAAGUGCCAUACGAACAAGAGUAAAUAUUAAUAAAUAAUUGAAAUGGGUAGCACGGAUAAAGCUGAGAUCACGGGUUUUAUAUGCAGACUUUGCAGUAAGAUGAACCGUUUCGUGAUCCACAUAUACGGUGAAGAGGGUGAGAGAAUGAAACUUGCUGAAAAAAUAAAUGCUUAUCUUCCAAUUACGGUAAACAUGAAUGAUCCAUUACCUAAAACGGCAUGUCUACAUUGUAUUGAACGGCUUGAAGCUCAUCAUGAACUAAUGGAACAAUUUUUCUUAGUCAAACGAAGGUUAACUACUCAGAAUAAGUCAUCAACAGUUGCAUCAACCUCUACACAAACUGCUGAUACUGUACCAACAUCUAGCCCACCUCCAUGUUAACAUAUAGAAUUAAAAGCAGAAUUUCUCGCUCAAUAUUAUUAAACAUUUUCUGUAUAU